UAAAAAUCAGCCAUAUUCACCAUUAAAACCUGUAGAGAAACCCUUUUAGCUGCCUUCACUGAUAAUUCAGAUAAUUAUAAGAAGUUGGUCUCGAAAUCAUACUAUAGUUAUUCAACCACCAGUAACCUAAUGGAUACGGAAAUACCGGCUGAGGCAGUAGUACCAGGUCAAAAGAGAAGUAGAAAAGGAGGGGAUGCAAGAAAUAAGAAGGUUGUUAAUGGUGGUGGUAGUGGAGAAUCAGAGCAUGAGAUUCACAUAUGGACUGAGAGAGAAAGGAGAAAGAAGAUGAGGAACAUGUUUUCUAGUCUUCAUGCUUUGCUUCCUCAACUUCCUGCUAAGGCAGACAAGUCCAGUAUUGUAGAUGAAGCAGUAAAAUACAUCAAGACCCUCCAACAAACCCUCCAAACCUUGCAAAAACAGAAUGUUGAAAAAUUCCAGGGAGCUAUCAUUGACUACGAACCAUCAGUGAUCACAUCACUGACAGAUACAGUUGGAUCGAGGGAAGCCUCUUUUGCUGCUCUGGGACCAUCGAAAAACUUCCCUUUGACCUCAAAAGUGUCUCAGAAUUCAUUUUCUGUCUCUCUUUCUCCGGCUUGCUUCCAGACAUGGUUUUCACCAAAUGUUGUCAUGAACAUGUGUGGUGAUGAUGCACAAUUCAGCUUGUGUUCAACAAGGAAGCCAGGGUUACUUGCCACCAUCCUCUACAUACUAGAGAAGCAUAAUUUGGAUGUUGUAUCUGCUCAUAUUUCCUCUGAUCAGUAUCGUAGCAUUUACAUGAUACAUGUUCACGCCGACGGAGCUUCUGAUCAAUAUCCAGAGGCAAUGUCAGUCGAAGAUACAUUCAAGCUAGCAGCAGGCGAGAUGAACUUAUGGGUCAUGUCAUGAUGAUUUGGAACCAUCAACAGAAUGGAUGUUCACUCUUAAGACUUUGCCUUCUUUUUUUUAAAUAAAGGGUGGUUCACAUGCAUGAAAUGGGGGAUGCGUAAUAAACUAUCAGCUUGCUCAAUCUACCAGGCAACAUGGAUAUCUAGCUUCUUCGGAUCCAUGCAUCAGGUUCCAAUUUAUUAAUUUUCUGCAUAUAAUCAAGUAAUGUGAAUGAUGCUAGCUAGCGCAGAAAACCGUCACAUGUCUGCACGGCUGAACAUCAGGAAAGGAGAUUAAUUUUGGUAGAUAUACCAGCAAAAGACCAGAGAUAUGAAGGUUCACUUUUAUA